GGGGUCCUGGAAUCUUAGGUCAGUUGCUUCAACCCACGUGCACAAGCCAUUAUUCCGCACUAUCUCUCGUACCGGCACAUAUACCUCACUCCAUUCCAUUUCAUAGCUCUUUCCAAAGUUCAGAGAGGGAAGUUCAUGUAAUCAUAUUUCCUCCAGCUCAUGAUAGUGGUCAAAAAGUAUGGCAAAGGAGCAUCAGCCUGGCAGGAUUGGACUGAGGAGCUCAACACAGGCUAAUCGCCACAUACCUCGCGGUGUCGAUACGGGUCCUGCCAGAUCUACCAUUGGAUUGGGGUCAACGUCGGAUACAAAUUUUGAGCGCCUCAAGCCUCCAUCAACCACCGGUGAACGAGAGGAUGUGACUAGACAGCGAUUCGCGAGUUCAGCUGCGGAUACUCAGGAUGGCCGCAGGCGAGAAAGACAGCCCAUUAAAGUGGGCAAUUUCAAGCCUGAAGAAGACGCCCAGGCGUCUCGUCAUUUCAAUGUCACCCAUCGUGGGAGCACAGCGGGUCCUGACCCUUAUCGUGUACCACCAUUGUCAGUCACUUGCAAAGACCGCGAUUAUAUUUCGGCAAUGGAUCAUGAGCGAGACAGACACAAGUCAUAUGCCAACAUCAAUACCACAUCCUAUAUCCCAGCCUUAUCUUCAUCAGCGACGUAUGGCCCAGGUUAUACGGCCCCCGUCAAUGCGCCCCCCAGUUUCUGCUAUCACCGGCGCCAUGAAAUCAGUUUCGUUUGAAGAUAGCGGUGAACAGUCCAGCUCGAGUCCCAAAGGCUGGAAUGGUCCGUCGCGCCCGCCGCCAGUUUCGUAUGGUACACGCCCCAGCGUACCACCACCUUCUAUUAUCAGACCUAUUACCACCAAUAGAUCGGUUUCAUACGAUAGCGGCGUUCAGUCUAGCACAAGUCUUAAUAAUUGGAAUGGUCCGUCUGACAGCCAGGACCCAUACGCACGCCGCGGUGUACCCCCACCGCCUAGCAGCAGACCUAUCAUGACCAAGAAAUCGGUCUCACUCGAUAGCGGCGUUCAA